AUGUCUUUCGUCGACUUUUCCGACCAGAGCGACCUGAGCACGCUCGGCUCUCGCACACCCUCGCCGCCGCCUAAAGACGACGUUGGACGCUACCCCUCUCCACCUCUGUCGCAAGACCCUUCCACCAAAGGCUCGCCGCUGCCAGAGAGCAUGGAUCCCGCUACCGCUGGCGAUGACGGCCCUCCACGCAAGAAGAGACGUACCACCAAACCCGACACGCGCACGACGCGUCAUUUGGACCUCACUGCAGAGCUCGAUGAGAACGAUGAGAGCCAGAAGGAGGCUCUCGAUCUAUUGCUCAAGGUCCUUUACUCGAGUAGGAAAAUCGUCAUGAUUGUGGGCGCAGGGAUAUCCGUCUCAGCUGGAAUUCCCGAUUUCCGUUCUGCCAAAGGUCUCUUCAACACAUUGCGUCAGCAACACAAUCAUAUUUCAUCUGGAAAGGAUUUGUUUGACGCGUCCGUGUACCGGGAUCCCUCUACGACUGCGUCGUUUCACGACAUGGUGCGAUCGUUAUCACAACAAGCCAAGUCGGCGAAGCCGACUUUGUUUCACCACCUGAUCGCGACUCUCGCGGACGAAGGACGACUGUUGCGCCUCUAUUCCCAGAAUGUCGAUGGAAUCGAGACAUCCCUUCCGCCUUUGAACACACAGAUCCCGCUUCCGCAGAGGGCACCGUGGCCCAAGACGGUGUUGCUCCACGGUGGGCUAGAUAAGAUGGUCUGUGCGAAGUGUAACGACUUAACGGAUUUCAACCCAGAUAUUUUCGACGGCCCAAUCCCCCCUGCAUGCCCGGCAUGCGUCCAAACAGACCAAGUCCGGACACAACACGCAGGAAAAAGAAGCCAUGGAAUCGGAAGAUUGCGGCCGCGAAUGGUGCUCUACAACGAAAACGGCCCGGAUGAAGAAGCAAUUGGUUCCGUCACUAACGCUGAUUUAAGAACUCGGCCGGAUGCCCUUAUCGUCGUUGGUACCACGCUCAAGGUUCCUGGCGUGAAACGCAUUGCCCGUGAAAUGGCCAACACUGUGAGAGACCGGAGGGGUGGUUGCACUAUCUGGAUCAACAACGAACCUGCGCCAAAGGUUCAAGGCUUGGAAGACUGUUGGGAUUUGGUGGUUAAGGGGCCUUGCGAUGCCGUCGCGGAAAAAGCUCGCCUUCGGUUUUGGCAUGACCGGUACGAGUUCGCGGAGGUCACAGACGAACAAGUACGCGCAGCAAAGGAGAAGCCCAGCCCAAUUGUGGCGGUUCCAUCACCGCGCAAGAACAGACAUGUCUCCAAGGAUAAGGGUAUCUUGACGCCGUCCGCAAGCCCUAAGUUGAAGCCGCAGCCUGAUACCAUUUCCGUUGUUCGACCCACAACGCCGACGAAAAACAAGAAGUUUGCUGCAACAAACAAGAGGAAGACUUUAGUAGUGGGUGAACCCAAACCUGCGCCUAAGGGGAAAGCUAGCAAUGCAAAGGCGGCACCUCAGAAGAAGGCCGCGCCAAAGAAGAAGGCGACCACGAAACCAGUAGCUCCGAAGCCCGCCGAGAAGAUCACGAAGACUUUCACAGCCUCAAAGCCCGCUGCCCAAGAAACCAAGAUGAUCACGAAAUUAAAGACCAGGGCCCAGUCAAGAAGUAGGAGAGCCGAGCCUGAGAAGGAGCCCAUGGCACCCGUAUCACCGCAGGAGGCGCGCAACAAUACAAGCCCUCCCUAUGCCGAGCCUGACAAGAAGGACUCCGCUGGUACUGACCCUUUGGACACUGGUAUUGGCAGAAUCAAAAUUGAAUUGACUGGGCCGAUCGAGACGGUGAAGAUGAGGCAUUCCGGGACGAUUUCGCCUGGUUCCGUGCCGAAAAACAUGGAAAGACUCAUUGACUGA